AUGCCCCCCAAGGUCGACGUCAACCAUCCAGAAAAUGCGAGGCUUCUCAAGCUCUUCGAGUCGCUCAACCUGAGCGGGAACAGGGCUGUCGAGACCCUCACCAACCCAAAACACGUUGCUGCGCUCGAGAGCGUCAUUGCCGACAACAACCUCACCAGCAAGUCCCUCGACCCGAAAGCAUCAGCACUCAUCAUCUCCGCCUCAACAGCCAAAGAGGCCUCCAAUAAGCCUAAGAGAGACUAUGUCGUAUCACGCAUCGUCGACGGUAGCCUCGCUUCUUCCGAUCAAGUCAACGCGGCAUAUAAGUUCCUCGCUACAACAGAUGGCGAGCCAGACAAGGCUUCCUUUGAUAAGGAAUGUGGUGUUGGCGUCGUCGUUACCCCAGAGCAAUGCCGCUCGGCAGUAGACGACUACAUCGCGUCUCACAGAUCCGAUUUGGAUCCCGUCGAGGGCUGGCCCAAGCUCGGCUCCAUCCUCGCCGGUGUCAAGGCCACACCAGAGAUGCGAUGGGCCAGCGCAGUCGACGUCAAGAGUGCCGUGGACGCAUCCCUUCUUGCCACAUAUGGUCCCAAGAAGGCACCACCGCCUAAGGAAAAGAAGAAGCCGGCAGCUGCUUCCACCUCUGCCGAUGCAAAGAAAGAUGCAGCGCCAGCAGGUCCCGUCGAUCCGGACGCCAUGUUCAAAGAGGGCUUCCUCGCCAACCUUCACAAGCCGGGCGAGAACCCGCAGAUUAAGCCAGAGCUUCGAGAACAGCACCUUGCUGCAACCAAGGGCAUGGUCAUGACGCGUUUCCCACCAGAGCCCAACGGUUUCCUUCACAUCGGACACAGCAAGGCCAUCGCAGUCAACUUUGGCUACGCUCGCUUCAACAACGGUCUUUGCUAUCUGCGAUACGACGACACCAACCCGGAAGCAGAAGAGGAGCAGUACUUUACCAGCAUUCUUGAGACGGUGCGCUGGCUCGGAUUCGAGCCGUUCAAGGUCACUUACUCGAGCGAUUACUUCCAGCAGCUCUACGAGCUCGCCGUCGAGCUCAUCAAGCGCGGCAAGGCCUACGUCGACCAUUCGACCCCCGACGAGAUCAAGGAGCAGCGAGGUGGGCCCGAGCGUGGUCCGCGCAAACCCUCGCGCUACCGCGACCGCCCCAUCCACGAGUCGCUCGACGACUUUGAGGCGAUGAAGAACGGCAAAUACCCACCCGGCAAGGUCACACUCCGCAUGAAGCAGAACCUCGAGAACGGCAACCCGCAGAUGUGGGACCUCAUCGCCUACCGAGUCCUCGAGGCGUCGCACCACCGCACGGGCAAGGACUGGUGCAUUUACCCGACCUACGACUUCACUCACUGUCUGGUCGAUAGCUUCGAGAACAUCAGUCACUCGCUGUGCACCACCGAGUUCAUCCUCUCGCGCGAGUCGUACGAGUGGCUGUGCGAUGCGCUCGAGGUGUACAAGCCGCGUCAGUCGGAGUACGGCCGCUUGGCGUUGCAGGGAACAGUCAUGUCGAAGCGCAAGAUCCUCAAGUUGGUCAAGGAGCGAUACAUUGAGGACUGGGACGAUCCGCGCAUGUUCACGCUCAUUGCGCUUCGACGACGCGGUGUUCCUCCCGGAGCGAUUUUGUCGUUUGUCAGCUCACUCGGCGUUACCACGGCCAAGUCGACGAUCAUGAUCAGCCGAUUCGACCAGGCGGUGCGCCAGUACCUCGAAUUCUCCACCCCGCGACUGAUGAUGGUGCUCAACCCGCUCAAGGUGACCAUCGAGAACCUGCCCGCUGACCACUUCCAGGAGCUCGAAAAGCCGCUCCAUCCCAAAGCGCCCGAGAUGGGCACGAACAAGAUGCCCUUCACGUGCACCGUCUACAUCGACGCCUCUGACUUCCGCGCCGUGGACAGCAAGGACUACUUCCGCCUCGCACCGGGCAAGACCGUUGGCCUGCUCCAAGUGCCCUACCCUAUCACGUGCACGUCGUUCAAGACCAACGACCAGGGCGAGCCGAUCGAGGUGAUCGCCACCUACGGCGAUGCCAGCACGCCCAAGCCCAAGACGUACAUCCAGUGGGUUGCCGAGCAUGCACCGUCGAAGAGCCCAGUGCGCGUGGACGAGACGCGCAUCUUCCAUCAGCUGUUUACGUCCGACGACCCGGCGGCGGAGGAGAACUUCUUGGACCACGUCAACCCGGAUUCGCUCGAGAUUGUGGAAGGCGCCAUGGUCGAGGUUGGUUUCUGGGACGUUGCGCGCCAGUCGAUGGAGCAGGCUCGCCGCGAUGCAGCGGACAGGACCAAGAAGGCCGAGGUCGACGCCGCUAAGGCUCAGAGCGAGACGCAGACCGCAGCGACGGAGGGUGCAGGCGCCGGCGCUCCAGAGCGAACAGCAGACCAGCUGGUUGGCAAGGAGCUGGUGAGGUUCCAGGGCAUGCGCACGGCCUACUUCGCACUCGACAGGCUCAGCGGCGACCUUGGUCUGUUCGGGGACAAGAAGCAGGGUGGCAAGAUCGUCCUCAACAGGAUCGUCAGUCUCAAGGAGGACGCCAAGAAGGAUGACAAGAAGACGAACGCGCCCGUCAAGAAGGGCAAGUGA